UGGACCCAACACCUCCCUUAUAUCCCUCCCCAAACAAGCCUUCUGUGUUUAUUUCGCCUCUGUAAAACCCUAAUCGAUUUUCUUUUCUCUCGGGUUCAUUUUCACAAACAUCCAGUCUACAAUACCUUGUCGAUCAACCGAUCGAUUCUCCCAAAAUUGAUACUUUUUUCGUCACUGCAUUAGAUUUCCACCCUUUUCUUCACUUCAAGAUCUUCUGGAAUUCCCGAUAAAUUACAAUUUUUGACUUGAAAAUUUCUUGGUAAAUUGUAAGAUUUUAUUGAAUUUUAGUUUAUUAAAUUAACCACAUUUUAGGGUUUCCUUGGUGAUAUAUAAAGUGUGGUCAAGGCUGGCGAUUGGUGCCGAGGAUAGCUGAUGGCGGAUCCGCCUGGUGUCCGCCAAGAAUUUAUGCUUUUUACUUCAGCUUCUGCCGAUUCAGCUGCUGCCGUUGGAUCGCUGUCGUCGUUGAAAAUUCAUUCUGUUGUUGUAGAAGUAGUAGGGUCUGGAAGAAUACAGAAGUGGGCCGAUAAUCGCGAUUGUAGAGUACAAGAAUGCUGAGUGUGCUGCGAGUGCACCUUCCGUCCGACAUUCCUAUCGUAGGCUGUGAGCUGACGCCCUACGUGCUCGUAAAACGUCCUGAUAAGUCCGUUAUUACCGAAGAUAUUCCCGAGUCCGCUCCACUUGAUGGCUACUUCUUAAGAUAUAAGUGGUAUCGCAUACAAAGUGAUAGGAAAGUUGCAAUCUGUAGUGUUCAUCCAUCUGAGCAAGCUACAUUGCAGUGUCUUGGAUGUGUUAAAGCGAAAAUACCUAUCACUAAGAGUUACCAUUGUUCUCCGAAAUGUUUCUCGGAUGCAUGGCAGCAUCAUCGUGUUUUGCAUGAGCGCGCAGCUAGUGCUGUUAAUGAAAAUGGCAACGAGGAAGAAGAAAUUUUUGGUCGCUUCAAUGGUUCAGGAUCUGGGGUUAUCAAUACAAACUUGACGGGUACGCAGGCCAAUUCUAGCUUGGCAAAUGGUGCCACGGCUUUAUACCCUGCUGCAGUAACACAGAGAGGUGGUGAGACAUGGUUCGAAGUUGGACGAUUUAAAACAUACACACCGACGGCUGAUGAUAUUGGCCAUGUCCUUAAAUUUGAGUGUGUUGUAGUGGAUGCAGAAUCCAAACAGCCUGUGGGGCAAUCAAGUACACUAAACACUUCUCGCGUAAUUCCAGCCCCAUCUCCUACUCCACGUAGGUUGAUUCCUGUCAGUGGAGUUGAAAUGCCAGGGCAUCUGGACGUUGACGGUCGUGUAUCUUCAUCAGGAACCUUUACUGUGCUGUCAUAUAAUAUUCUAUCCGAUUCAUAUGCUGCAAAUGAUUUAUACAGUUACUGUCCUUCUUGGGCUCUUUCUUGGGCUUAUCGAAGGCAGAAUCUAUUACGUGAGAUAGUUGGCUACCGUGCUGACAUUGUUUGUCUUCAAGAGGUUCAAAGUGACCAUUUUGAGGAAUUCUUCGCCCCUGAGCUGGAUAAACAUGGUUAUCAAGCUCUAUAUAAACGAAAAACGGCCGAGGUCUUCAAUGGGAAUAUUUAUUCAAAUGAUGGUUGUGCUACAUUUUUUCGCCGGGAUAGAUUUUCACAUGUCAAGAAAUAUGAGGUUGAGUUUAACAAAGCUGCACAAUCCUUGACUGAAGCUUUAGUUCCAAGUACUCAGAAAAAAACUGCUCUGGGUCGAUUGAUCAAGGAUAACAUUGCACUUAUAGUGGUUCUGGAAGCAAAAUUUAGUAACCAGGGAAUUGAUAAUCCUGGGAAGCGACAGCUUGUUUGUGUGGCUAAUACACAUGUCAAUGUUCAGCAAGAUUUAAAGGAUGUGAAGCUGUGGCAGGUUCAUACAUUGUUGAAAGGGUUAGAGAAAAUUGCUGCCAGUGCAGAUAUCCCAAUGCUCGUCUGUGGAGAUUUUAAUUCUGUUCCUGGAAGUGCUCCACAUGCUCUUCUUGCCAUGGGAAAAGUUGAUCCAAUGCAUUCAGAUUUAGCAGUUGACCCUCUUGGAAUCCUUCGCCCUGCCACAAAACUUACACAUCAGUUGCCAUUGGUAAGUGCAUACUCAUCAUUCGGAAGAGCGGCUGGUAUUGGUUUUGAGCAACAGAGGAGGAGAUUGGAUCUUACUACAAAUGAACCUUUGUUCACCAACUGCACCAGGGAUUUUAUCGGCACUCAUGAUUACAUAUUCUACUCAGCGGACUCCUUAACUGUGGAAUCUUUGUUGGAGCUCUUGGAUGAAGAUGGCUUGAGAAAAGACACAGCACUUCCUUCUCCAGAGUGGUCUUCUGAUCACAUAGCACUCUUAGCUGAAUUUCGCUGCAAGCCUAGAACUAGGCGCUGACACUGGGUCUUGUUUGCGGAGGAAUUUCAGAAAUAGAAACAGAGACAGAGUCAUUUGUAAGAAUAGUAGAUGAUGUUUCCUGUGUUUUUCCUUAGGUGUUCCCAAGUGGAUCCUUAGUUGUGAUCUUUUGUAUCAUGCAACCUUUGUUUCAUAGAGAAAUUGUGGUCAUGCUGUACUAUAGAAGUUCUCCUUUAAUUUAAAUAGAAAUAUAAUACCAAAUACCCAUAGGCGGUAUGACCAGCAGCUUUUUUCAAA